ACCCUCUCAAUCUCUUCCUCCGCUCCCGCGAUGAGCUCCCUCGCGCUCACCUCCCCAUCGCCCUCCUCCUCUCUCCGGCGAGUUUCCCGCGCAAACGAGCCUCGUUUCCCUCUUCCUCUCCCCAGGCACACUCUUCAGAGAAGUCAGUGCAGUUACAAGCCUCAAAGAUGGCGCUAUUCUGGUACUUUGAGCAUAGGUUCUUUGGAAAAGGCUGGCAAGUCCAUGUCUAAGAGCCUCCAAGUUGCCUCUGUUGCAGUUGUUUCCCCUGAGGAAACCACGGAAAAUUCUUCCCUUCCAAAAGGCGAUAUGUGGUCUGUUCAUAAAUUUGGUGGGACGUGUAUGGGCACUGCUGAGAGGAUUCAAAACGUUGCAAAUAUAAUUUUGGGUGAUCCUUCUGAACGAAAGUUGGUAGUGGUUUCUGCAAUGUCAAAAGUAACUGAUAUGAUGUAUAAUUUGGUUGAGAAGGCUCAAUCGAGGGAUGUUGAAUAUAUAUCAGCACUUGAUGCCGUUUAUGAAAAACACAUGUUAACAGCAAAGCAGCUUCUUGAUGGAGAUGAUCUUGUUAGAUUUUUAUCUCAGUUACAGAAUGACAUCAGCGACCUGAAAGCGAUGCUUCAGGCGAUUUAUAUAGCGGGUCAUGCAACAGAAUCCUUUUCAGACUUUGUUGUAGGCCAUGGAGAAUUAUGGUCUGCUCAAAUGUUGUCAUAUGUGAUUAGAAAGAGUGGAAGACCUUGCAGUUGGAUGGAUACUCGAGAUGUCCUUAUUGUAAAUCCUACCAGUUCCAAUCAAGUAGACCCUGACUAUUUUGAGUCUGAGAAGAGACUUGAAAAGUGGUUUACUAAUGAGCCAGCUGAUACAAUAAUUGCUACUGGGUUCAUUGCCAGCACGCCUAAAAACAUUCCUACGACUUUGAAAAGAGAUGGAAGUGAUUUCUCAGCAGCGAUAAUGGGUUCUCUUAUUGAAGCUCGCCAAGUCACUAUAUGGACAGAUGUUGAUGGUGUAUAUAGUGCAGACCCAAGAAAAGUUAGUGAAGCUGUGAUAUUGCGAACAUUGUCCUACCAAGAAGCCUGGGAAAUGUCUUACUUUGGGGCGAACGUUUUGCAUCCACGCACCAUUAUUCCUGUAAUGAAGUAUAAUACUCCUAUUGUAAUUAGAAAUGUUUUCAAUCUCUCUUCCCCUGGAACAAUGAUUUGCCAUCAGCCCGGGAGUAGAAAUGGAGAUGAAGAGAGUUCAGGUUCCUGUGUCAGAGCUUUUGCUACUAUAGAUAAUUUGGCUCUUGUCAAUGUUGAGGGAACUGGAAUGGCGGGUGUUCCUGGAACAGCUAGUGCUAUUUUCAGUUAUGUUAAAGAUGUGGGGGCUAAUGUCAUCAUGAUAUCUCAGGCAAGUAGUGAACAUUCAAUUUGCUUUGCUGUGCCUGAAAAAGAAGUGAAAGCAGUCUCUGACGCCUUAGAGUCCAGAUUUCGUCAAGCUCUUGGUGCUGGAAGGCUUUCUCAGGUUGAGGUCAUCCAUAAAUGUAGUAUCUUAGCUGCAGUUGGCCAGAAAAUGGCAAGCACUCCUGGCGUUAGUGCUACUCUUUUUGAUGCACUAGCAAAGGCCAACAUAAACGUAAGAGCUAUAGCUCAAGGUUGCAGUGAGUAUAACAUUACUGUUGUUCUGAAGCAAGAGGACUGUGUAAGGGCGCUAAGGGCUGCCCACUCUCGAUUUUAUCUCUCAAAAACAACAUUAGCAAUGGGCAUAAUUGGACCUGGUUUAAUUGGAAGUACACUACUUGACCAGCUCAGGGAUCAGGCUGCGGUUCUUAAGGAGAAAUUUAACAUUGACUUGCGUGUCAUGGGAAUUACUGGGUCAAGGACAAUGAUUUUGAGUGAAUCAGGAAUUGACUUGACAAGAUGGAGAGACCUUCAGAAAGAAAAGGCCGAAGAGGCAAACUUGGAUAAAUUUGCUCGACAUGUGCACGGAAAUCAUUUCUUUCCCAAUACAGUACUGGUUGAUUGUACAUCAGAUUCAAAUGUUGCAAAUCAUUAUUAUGAUUGGUUAUGCAAAGGAAUUCAUGUUAUUACACCUAACAAAAAGGCAAAUUCAGGUCCCCUUGAUCGGUAUCUGAAAUUGAGGACACAACAGAGGAAGUCUUAUACUCACUAUUUCUAUGAAGCAACUGUGGGUGCUGGCCUCCCCAUAAUAAGCACUUUGCGGGGGCUGCUCGAAACUGGUGACAAGAUUUUAUCUAUUGAGGGCAUUUUCAGUGGAACUCUGAGUUAUAUCUUCAACAACUUUAAAGGAACUCGAACUUUUAGUGAAGUUGUUGCUGAAGCAAAAGAGGCUGGAUUUACUGAACCAGAUCCAAGAGACGAUCUAUCUGGAACUGAUGUUGCCAGAAAGGUAAUUAUCCUUGCGCGAGAGUCAGGUUUGAAGCUAGAGCUUUCUGAUAUCAAGAUUGCAAAUCUUGUCCCAGAGCCAUUAAGAGUGAGACUAACACAUAAAUAUGCAAUUAGUUUUCUUCUGGAAAAUGGAAGAUUUCUCACGCUUCUUUUGGUAUAUUUCCAGUCAAGUUCAUCUGCUGAAGAGUUCAUGAGAGAACUUCCAAAUUUUGAUGGAGAUAUGUCAAAACAACAACACGAUGCAGAUGCUGCAGGAGAAGUGUUGAGAUACGUCGGUGCUGUUGACGUUGCCAACAAGAAAGGCAUAGUUGAGCUGAGAAGAUACAGUAAAGAUCACCCAUUUGCGCAAUUAUCCGGAUCCGAUAACAUCAUAGCAUUCACCACCAUGAGGUACAGAGAUCAGCCCUUGAUUGUUCGCGGGCCCGGUGCAGGUGCGGAGGUAACAGCCGGUGGAGUCUUCAGUGAUAUUUUGAGACUGGCUUCUUAUCUCGGCGCUCCAUCAUAAAUCUAUAUUUGUAUUUCUAGGGGCUAUUAAGUUUAUUUAUUUGUGUUGUUGUUUUAUUAGGAAUGUUGAGGGAUUUGCAGCGAGAACUUUGUGUGUUUUUUUUUUGUAUCGGUUAAUGUCUACAAUGGCAGUUUUGUUUUGAGUUUUUGUUGGAGGUUGAUUCGCGUUUAA